AUUUGUUUUUAAUUAGCUUUGCUUCACAGAAAUGGCAUUUAGAGGACGUGGACGUGGACGUGGUGGCUAUGGAGGUGGAGGUGGAGCUGCUUCUUUUGCAGUUCAAGAGCCUCACAUCCUUUUCCCUGAAAAUGUUGAAUUACCUGAUGUUAAUGGUGUGAUAGAGGAGAAGACCUUGGUCUAUUGGAAUAUGAGGUUGCUUAAUUAUUGGAAAUCGUCUCCUUAUUAUAUUGAAGAGGCAGCCCAUUCAAGAAGCCAAGAAGCAGACAUAGAACGGUAUUCUGACAGGGGCAAGCUUACUAAAACAAUGAGGCGUCCUCCUCUAUCACAGCAUUUAAAGCUUAGUUCUGCUUAUUUCCCUCUGGAACUUAUCCAAGGUAAAAGUCGAGCGCAGCAUGACCAUAAGAAAGUGCGAUGGAAUCCAGAAGCAGACUCACAGAAGUUAGAUAUCUUUGAGAAGCUAGAGCAGAAAUUCCAGGAUAAAGAUGAGAAAGGUGGGAAGGAAAAGAAUGAAGACGAAAAUGAGGAUGAAGAUGAACGAAUAGAAGAGGAAGAUGAAGAUUUUAGUGAUCCUGACGACUAUGAACAGAAUGUUGAUUUUGAUGAUGAUGAGGAUGAUUUUAACAUGGAUGACGGCAAUGAUGAUGAGGCAAUCUAUUAGUUGCAUGGCUGCCUUAGUUUUUUAUUUGUACAGCUUGGACAUGGGCAAGUUUUGGGACUCCCUCAACAGAAAGUGAAGCCAGAAGGG